AUGUCUGGCAUGGAAUACGAGAACGACAAUGGUCGAUAUGACGACGCGGCCCGUUACGACCGGGACCGUAGCGCGUCUCCUCGUGGCAACGGCCACUCAGCGGCCCGCAAUCGCAGCAUGUCUCCAAAUGCUCGCGCCGAUGCACGCCCCCCCGUCGACACUCGUAUGAAGGGUGCCGAGGACGAACCUGGUGCAAUCAACAGUGGCACCAACCUCUUUGUCACUGGCAUCCAUCCUCGCCUCACUGAAGCCGAUGUGUCUCGCCUUUUUGAGAAGUACGGAGAGGUUGAGAACUGCUCCAUCAUGCUGGACCCCCAUACUAAGGAAUCUCGCGGUUUUGGCUUCGUAAACAUGUGUACUCCCGAACAGGCUGAAGCUGCUAAAGAGGCAUUGCAGGGUGAGUCCAUUGAAGGGCGAACUCUGAGCAUCGAAAAGGCUCGCCGUAGUCGUCCCCGGACGCCUACUCCUGGAAAGUACUUCGGACCUCCCAAGCGCGAUUUCCGUGGACCACCUCGUGGUGGGCGCUUUGAGCGCUAUGAUGACCGGCGAGGUGGCUAUGGCUACGGCGGUCGACGCAACGACGACGGCUAUCGCCAUGGCCGCUACGAUUCUUACAACGAUCGUAGCCGUGAGUAUGGCCGCCGCGAAUACCGCGACGAUUACGGCUAUCGUGGCGUCGAUAGAUACGCGACCUCCGGACGCGAAGAGAGAUAUGGAGGUAGAGGAGACGACCGUCGUCGUGGUGGCUAUCAUGAUCGAGAUGAUGCUCGCGCUCAGACUGCGUCGGCUUAUGCCAGUGCGCCUCCCCAACGUGAGUCGCGUGAGCCAUAUGGAACUCAUCCCGAUGAUAACCGUUGGAAUGAUAGACACGGCGCCAGGAAGAUUGUAAAACUUCACCUGGUGCUACAAGAGCUUUCCAAAUCAUCAACCAAUGUCACCAUUUGUGCAACCAUUCUCAAGACUAAAUAUCAAGGGAGAAGCUCCCUCUUCCUCGUCAACCCUGCUAUACUCAAUCGAUCUGGGUAA